UGAUCUGCGCAUCAGGAAAGAAAAGGAAGGUGCGGGGGUGAGACUGGGGAAUGGGGUAAGAUAACGCCAAGACGAGGACCUGCAGAACGGGAGACCACCGGCUGCGUCAUGGCCAAGGGUUCCAACUGCUCUCUGGAUGGUGGGAGCUUCCCUCUGUCUUCCGAAUUUUUCCAAGUUAUAAAGAAUGAACUUUGGAUAUUUCUGAUUCCCGUCCUUGUUGCGCUGAUCCAACUGGCCUUAUUCCUGGAGGAAAUGGGCUUCUUCUUAAGGAACAUUCGCAGCACCCGGAGGACCUGUCUGUAUCUCUGGAUCCUGGGCGUCUAUCCGGUUUUCUGCAUUUCUUCUAUUAUUGGACUUUAUAUCCCUCGAUCGUCCGCAAUCUGUAACUUUGUGGCUUCCAUAUAUCACUCCAUAACCCUGUGGAAAUUCUUGGAUCUGAUCACAGAUUUCUUUGGGGGCAAGGCUCGGAUGUUGGAGGAGCUAGAAGGUCAGAUGGUGUCUCCCAACCCCGCACCUUGCUGCUGCUGCUGUUGUUUCCCCAAUAUCGUGGUGAACAGGACCAGCAUCAGAUGGAUGAACAUUGCCGUGUACCAGCUCUCCGUUGUCAGGACUCUGCUGUUCUUUGUGGGCCUCAUCCUGUGGGCAGAUGACAAAUACGACUAUGGAGAUGUUGAUUACACAAACCCCAACUCCUACAUCAACAUCAUCAUCGGUUUGUCCACCUUCCUGUCCUUCUAUGGCUACCUCCUUUUCUACAAGGCUACCAAGAAGGCCCUGGAAGGCUACAGCCCACGGUCCAAGUUCAUCUGUAUCACCCUGGUGCUGGUGCUGUGCGGCCUGCAGAACGGCAUCCUGGAGACCAUGGGGGCCCUUGGGGCCAUUCCCUGCGUCCCCCCCUUUACGGUGGAGACACGUUCUCAGACCAUCUACAAUUAUUCCUUGGCCCUGGAGAUGUUCUUCAUCAGCCUGUUCGCUCGUUAUUGCUUCCGGAGAGUGGAGCCGAGUGCGGAGAGGGAAGCGGCUGCUGCACGAGGCACGCGGGACAAGUCGUGUCAGACGGCCGUGCCUGCGCGAUACAGCCUUUCUGAGGACGAGGCCAUUUUCAUAAACUCCAGCUAUGUGAUGGAGAACGAUGAGACCUUGUGCCACAUCGAGCACGCCCCGCUGGACAAGUACGACUUUCUGCAGCCGCAGGAGGACAGGGCAGCCGGCCACGCUGCGCUCGCCCCGCGGGGCGUCAAGAACAUUGGGGUGGAACUUGCAAGCAUUGGCUCAGCUCCGGGGAAAGGGGCUCUUCAAGUCCAAGCCCAGAUUAAUUACAUUAACGAAGCAACUGUGGUGUAAACGACUCUCUACACUCAGGCUCCCCACAGGAAAUGUCGCUGGCUCCGCACUUCUGCCCCCUGGAUCAAAACUUGAAGCCAGGUAACUGCCCCACCCCGGGGUGAAUUGUAAAUUGAUUGGUACAACCCUCUAGCUGCUCCCUACACUCCGCCGCUAAGCGCUUCCUCCUGCGGUCACAUCCGGGGAUUGGGCGACGCAGGCAUAUGCCCGAUAAAAUGGGCAGAUAAGAGGGUAAGAGAUGACCCCCCCCCCCAGCCUGCAGGGAAACCAAAACCCCCACUGAUUCCAAAACUCUCUAUGAAGCAAUCACUCGCUGAAUAGAAACAAGGAGAAAACCCAGCGUUUCAGUGAAAAGCCUUCCUGAGGUUUUUGAGAUUUUUGGGACAUGCUUUCUGUAUUUGUAUUAUUUCUGGGUCUUUGUUCCUUUCUUGGAGAAUAUUGGCUGUAAUAUUUACUCGCCUUUUGUUGUAAUAAAGUAUUUUUGUGUGUU